AUGUCAAUAACCACUCUUUAUUAUUUACAAUUGAAAAAGGAAAAUGCACAUGAAGAUUCUAUCUGGUGUUGUGGAUGGAGUCUAAUAAAGCCAGAACAAAAGAAAGGAGAGGAAGCUGAAGAAAACCACGAAAACUCACAGGACUCUAAUCCAGAUGCAGAAUCACCUAAGAGUUAUAUUAUUACGGGAGGUUUAGACGAUGUGGUGAAGAUUUGGCAUCUGGAAGAUGGAAAACUUGAAAUAAAACAUCAACUUGAAGGCCAUUCCUUAGGAGUUAUAUCUAUUGCUGUUAGUCCCGAUGGAAAAACUUUAGCUAGUAGUUCACAAGAUGCAACUCUUAUAUUAUGGGACAUACUUACUGGCGAAAAACUUAAAACAAUGGAAACAGGAAUGACAGAUGUGUGGACUCUAGACUUUUCACCUGAUGGAAAGAAUGUAGUAUCUGGAAGUAAUGCUGGAAAGAUUUUGAUUUUUUCAGUUGAGAGUGGCAAGCAAGAGCAAACAUUAGAUACAAGGGGUUUUACUUUAAGUGUAGCAUAUAGUCCUGAUGGUAAAUAUAUUGCUAGCGGUGCAUUAGAUGGAAUAGUUAAAAUAUUUGAUGUAGCCCAAGGUAAAUUAGUUCACACAUUGGAGGGUCAUGCCAAGCCUAUAAGAAGUCUCUGCUUUUCUCCAGACUCACAACUACUCCUUACUGCAUCAGAUGAUGGGCAUAUGAAGCUCUAUGAUGUAGUACAUGCAAAUUUAGCAGGGACAUUAUCCGGACAUGCAUCUUGGGUUCUCUCAGUUGCAUUUUCCCCAGAUGGUAAAAGAUUUGUAUCUGGUAGUUCUGAUAGAACUGUACGCGUUUGGGAUCUUGAGAAUAUGCAAUGUCAGCAUGUAUUUAAAGAACACAGUGAUCAGGUCUGGGGAGUAAAAUUUAAUGCAGAGAGCAAUAAAAUAGUUUCUGUUUCUGAAGAUAAAAGUAUAAAUAUUUACGAUUGUCCUUUAUAG